CUUUGUCCAGCAGGGGUCGCUGGCGGGCACAGCAUCUAAUCUGAACCCCACACACGAAGCAGAGACAGCAGCCAAUGAGCGAUGAGCAGCCGCGCUCCGUGCGCCUGCGCGUUACAAGUAUUAUAAUUUUGUUGAUAUGUCUGCCGCUGGGUUUUAAUGGUUUUAAUGAUUAUUUCUGCGGGUUUUAGUGUUUCAGUGAGCGUGUCCUCCCGCGGUCCGGCCUGAUGGAAAACCCGAGAGACCUGGUGGAGCGUCCGUCCAGGAAGCGCCGUGACUCCUUCGGGAUGCUGGACGGUUUGGAGGAGGACCGGAGCAGCUGCAGCACCGAGUCCAGCGGGGGGAGCGGAGCCUCCAGCCCGGAGGACAGCGAGGACGAAGAGUUAGGAGGAGGAGGAGGAGGAGGAGGAGGAGUGACUCAACUCACCCCCUCCUCCUCCUCCUCCUCCUCCUCCCUGACGCUCAUCAAGACCAACGGACAGGUGUACACCUACCCUGAUGGGAAGGCAGGCAUGGCGACCUGCGAGAUGUGCGGCAUGGUGGGUGUCCGAGAUGCUUUCUACAGCAAAACCAAACGUUUCUGCAGCGUCUCGUGCUCCAGAAGUUACUCCUCCAACUCCAAGAAGGCCAGCAUCCUCGCCAGACUGCAGGGGAAGCCUCCCACUAAGAAGGCCAAGGUUCUGCAGAAACAGCCUCUGAUGACCAAACUAGCUGCCUUCGCCCAGCAGCAGGCCAGCCAGCAGAGUGGAGUCCGGAGGAGCGUAACUGUGGAGGUGUUUGACUGGGGUCGUUACCUUGGAGACGGCGAUGUGAUGGGAGCACCGGUCAGCUGCUUCAAACAUGUCCCGAUGGGGAAGUCGUGGGGCGACAUCAGUGAAGGCAUCCGGGUCGAAGUCCCAAACACUGACAGCAGUCUGCCCAUGAAGGUUUACUGGAUCGCUGGCAUCAUCAAACUGGCUGGUUUUAAGGCCUUGCUGCGGUACGAGGGUUUCGACAGCGACUCCACCAGAGACUUCUGGUUGAACCUGUGUGUGCCGGACAUCCACCCGGUCGGAUGGUGUGCUGCUGGAGGAAAACCCUUGGUCCCCCCUCAGACCAUCCUGCACAGGUUCACCAACUGGAAGACGUUCCUGAUCAAAAGACUGACGGGAUCCAAAACGCUGCCGCCAGACUUCUCCUCCAAGGUCCAGGACAGCAUGCAGGUCCCCUUCAAGAAGCAGAUGAGGGUGGAGGUGGUGGACAAAACUCACCUGUGUCGGACUCGGGUCGCUCUGGUGGAACAGGUGAUUGGCGGUCGUCUCCGCCUGGUGUACGAGGAGUGUGAAGACGGGACGGACGACUUCUGGUGUCACAUGUACAGUCCUCUGAUCCACAGCAUCGGCUGGUCUCGCUCCAUCGGACACCGCUUCAAACGAUCCGAUGUGUCGAAGAAGCUGGGCGGUCAGACGGACGCUCCCGGACAGCUGUUUGCCAAGGUGAAGGACGUGGAUCAGAGCAGUUCCUGGUUUGAAGAUGGGAUGAAGCUGGAGGCCAUCGACCCUCUGAACCUGUCUGCCAUCUGCGUGGCCACGGUCAGGAAGGUCCUGGCAGACGGGUAUCUGAUGAUCGGCAUCGACGGCUCGGAGGCGGCCGACGGUUCAGACUGGUUCUGUUAUCACUCCACCUCUCCCUCCAUCUUCCCCGCUGGCUUCUGUGAGAUCAACAACAUCGAGCUGACCCCCCCCAGAGGUUACAGCAGUCUUCCCUUCAGAUGGUUUGAGUAUCUGAAGGAGAGCAAGUCUGUGGCUGCUCCUGUGAACCUCUUCAACAAGGACGUCCCCAACCACGGUUUCCGUCCCGGUAUGAAGCUGGAGGCCGUGGACCUCAUGGAGCCCAGGCUGGUCUGCGUCGCCACGGUUACCCGCAUCGUCCACCGGUUGCUGCGGAUACACUUUGACGGCUGGGAGGACGAGUACGAUCAGUGGGUGGACUGUGAGUCACCUGACCUGUACCCGGUCGGCUGGUGUCAGCUGACUGGAUACCAGCUGCAGCCUCCUGCUGUUAAUGCAGGCUCCAGAGAAGCAGCGUGCAAACAGAGGAAGAAAUCCCAGCAGUACAAGGGACAGAAGAAGAAGAGGAAGUUGCCCGUCGCUAAGCGGCCUGUCAGCCUCUCCGGCGCCGUGGUAACGGGCGUCCCCAGGAGCCUAUCGGGAGACGAGAACGAGACUCCGCCCAAUUACCCAUCACCCCCUACUCCUGCCUCAGCAGCCCAGCCCCCGUCUGCCGACCCAGAGAGCAGCCCCAACACUGGGGGGGGGGGCAGGUUCGCAGAUUAAAGAGCAGAGCUCGGAAGGGACAGCGUUAUCUUCUGAAAGGACUGAAACGGAAACCAACGGAUCUUCUGGAGAAUUCUUCGCCAACCAGGACCACUAGGCCUCAUCCAUCGCUCUCCUCCACGCCUUUAUCUCUCCAUCCAUCUGUUUCUAGAAAUACGACUUUCAGUCCUCAUGAAAUCAUCUACUGUGAUUAUAUCAGAUUUUUUAUUUUUAUAUUUUUUGGACACGCUUUAAACCUGCUACACGUUAUUAGCGAAAUGACGGACUUUGCUUUGGUCAAAACCCCUUUUUUUAGCCUGUGUGAACGCGGCAUAUUGGGCUUUAGUGUCCAUCCGACCCUGCCGACCUCCCUCCAUCUCAACAUCCGUCGCUUUCACUCCGCAGUCUUUCUCUCGGUGCCCGGUCAGACCAGAAAAUGGCACCGCAAAAUUCAUCCGCACAAAAUAUGCACGAAACUCUAGCUUGUGUUGAAAGCUUGGUGGUGAAGUCAGGGGCAUUUUACUAAGUGGCAAAAGGUAAACUCCCCCCCCAGAAGAGUUUACCUUUUACCACUUGGUAGAUAUUUUUUUAGACCCAUUAUAUUUAAACUGACUACUUUAAGGCCAAUAAAAAAUAACGCAUUUAGCAUUUCCCCACAAGAUGUUUUUUCCUAAAACCUUUAGAUCCUCAUGUUGGGAAAUCUUUUCCAGACAAUAGAAUUGAACAGGUAAACUAAAUAAAUAAAAAAAAUAUGAAUAACUUGGACCCUUGACCUCAGUAUGCUUGUUGGCAAUACUGUAGCUGGCAAGCUAACUGUUAGCUAGCUGGGAACGUUCUAGUGCUAGCUAGCCACAAUAGCCCACCAGGCUAGCUGGCUGCUAAAGAGUCAGGAAGCUGGCUAGCUCUGCAGUCUAGAUGUUUAAUACCAGCCAAAUGUGAGUGAAUUCUUGCUGAAGGUGUUUUAUCAAAUAUUCUUCUACUGUAUUGGUGCAUCCACUUCGUCAGAAGACAUCACAUUUGUCUUUGUUCAUCGUUACUCUGUUCCAAAAAUCAGUUUAAUCAGAGCUAGUGUUCUUGCUUAUCAUUGCGUUUUGUUCUAAAAGUCUGUUUAAUCUGUUUAUUUGAAGCUUCAGGGCUGUAGCUGGGAACAUGCUAGCACUAGCCAAUAGGCCCCCAAGCUAGCUAGCUUGUCAACUGCCAACUAGGAAGCUAGCAAGCUUAGUUGCUAACAGGAUAAAAUCGCUGUAAUUUCUUUUGAAAUGAAUUGAUUUUGAGCUGAAAUUUCACUGUCAUUAAUGCUGGUCUGACCACCGGGCCCUUAUUCUUUAUUUCCCAAAUUCCUUCUUGUCACUUCCCUUUUUUGUCUUUCCCAAAAACAAAAUACCCUUUCACAGUGUUGAUUUCACAGCCGCAUGGGGGAAAAUAUCACUACACGCUCUUAGACUCUUCUGAAUGAGCAACAAGGGCGAAGAAGACCAGAAUACAGAAACAAAUAAAGAUAAAGAAGAAGAUGAAGGCGGGCAGGUACGUCCACGACAGUAGCAUUACGCAUCUUUGGUUCCUCUGAGAAAAAAGUGUUCGGGGGGGAAAAGACAUCUCGAGAAAACUUUUGUAUGAUGAUUUUUUCAAGAUCUUUGUUGUUUGUACGUGUUCACGUGGUGUGUUCGAGGGUCAAAACUCUUGACGUAAUAAUAAUAAUAAUAAUACUGGAUGCUGUGUAAUGUCAUGUUGAGAUUAGCAGUCAUUUAAAAACUUUGUAUGUAUGUGCGUGUGAGUGAUAAUGUGCGUGUGAGUGCUGUGGUUGGGAUUCUGGAUUGACGAGUUGUCAGAACGCCACGAAAUGAGAAACCAGCUAACAAGAGCCACAGCCGUUACUGUUUUUGUUUUUUGAACCAGUGCUAAAAGUCUGCGUUGUUACAGAAUCAUGUUCAGCAGGUUACAGUAUCUGCAGUUGGAACUGCAUUGAAAUUAACUGCGUUAAUCUCUUAGCUAAAGUACUUUGUUACCGUGUGUUCAGCAUCAAUUUGGUGGGAAGUUUCAAAUCAGCCAGACGUGAGUGAAAUUUGGCUGAAGGCGUUUUUAUCAAGAUUCUUCGCUACGUCCUCUUCGUCAGAAAAUAACACGCAUUUUGUUCCAAAAAUAAGUUCAAUCAUAGCUACAGGGCUCUGUCAGAGUAACUGCAAUAAAUAAAUUUCCAAACAAUUGCAAUAAGAGAUUAAUGUAGGUCCGAGUAUUGUGUUAAAAUUUUCAAUACUGGUGCCAAUUUGAUACUUGAGUUUCAGGACCAAUGCCAAAAUGGUUCAACUCCUUAUUAUUUGAUACCAUUUUAUGCUCUUUUUCCGCAUUUACCGAAAAGUCGAACUUUUCAAAUACUUCGCUUCUCGUUAGCUCAGUUAAAGGAACAAAAAUUCACAGAUAAUUCAAGUGUAGCAUUUGCCUCCUAAACCACGUCUCUGUUUAUACUCUACUAACAGAGAACUGGUUAUAUAAAACUGGAUGUUAGCAACACAGCUAACAAGUUACGCUAGCUUCCACUAUUUUUGACUCCCCGGCACUCACUUCCCUCAAAGGUUCAAUUCAAUCCAGUUUUAUUUAUAUAGCACUAAAUUCAUAAAAGAAGUUAUUUCACUGCACUUUUCCUAUACAGCAGGUCUAGACCGAACUCUUUAUAAUAUUAUUUACGGAGACCCAACAAAUCCCACCAUGAGCACUUGGCCACAGCGGCAAGGAAAAACGUCCUUUAAGAGACAGAAACCUCGGACAGAACCAGACUCAAUGGUGGGCGGCCAUCCGCCGCUGCCGUGUUAAGUUAAACACACAAGUCAAGACGGCUUGCUAUUAGUCAACGCCACAAAUAUGUGUGUCAAAGUUCACCACAGUUGAUCUCGACUCGAAAGAUUCAUGCAGAUUUACUCCGUGAAAUUUGGCCGUUUCGAACGCUGGUGGGAACCGGCCUUGAGUCUGUGUUUUAUUUAGACAAAGCUUGUGUUCUGACAAAAACCUUUAACAUUUAACAACUUUGGCUUCUUCUGUUCAAUGAAAAAACGGUUUUGUAGAAAAACAUAACGAAAAUAUCAUUGGUACGUUGGUUUCAGUACUGAAACUCCAGUGUCGUCUGUAUUUUUUUUCAGCUCUGUCGUCUGUCAGUUAUCAGAGAGAGCUGAUUUUCAAUAUAGUGUCACAGAUCAGUAAGCAAUGAAUGAAGACAAAUGCUAAAGUUUUACAUUUAUUUUAUUUCUUUUUUUUUUGCCGCUGCAGUGUGAGGUUAGAGAAUCCCGCUCCUGACUCAGUUAAAGUUCCCCAUUUUGUUUUUUAAAUAUCUAACUGAAAGUUGUACUGGGAUGUUCCCAGUAUUCACCAGUGUGUUUAUACUGGGCAGCUCAGUGGCUAGAUGUGUGGAACUGUAUGAAUGUGAAGCAGGUUGUUGACGAAGAAAUUAUAUGAGUCAGACUUCCCUCGAUAAAUAACAGAACACUUCUUGGACUUUGUUCAACAAGUUAAUAGUACUUUAACAGCUAAGAGUAAUUAUGUACGUCUUCACAUGCUAACUAUUGAUACCUCACAAAAAGUUUAUUAAAUAAUGAUUAAAAGAAUCUUUAGCAUUUAGUUGGAAAACAAAAUGGUAUAAUAUGGUAAAAACAGAUUAUUUAAAAAACACUGAAGAGUAUAUUUGAUUUAAAACAUUCUAAUAAUAAAGAUUAUCACAUUCUUAAAAACUGGUAAAUAUGUAACAGGUGCGUAAUAAAGUAAGAAAGUUAAUUGAGCUACAGGUUCACAAAGAAAAGAGAAUAAAUACGUGUUUCAAAUUUAACACGACAAUAUUAAUAUUAUACAAACAAAUAUUUAGACUUAAGUUAUGUAUCACCUAUGAGAGGACAUUGCAUUCACGGUAGAAAAAAAGAUGUUAUUUCGUAUUUAUAACUUCCGUAAACCGUAAUGACUUCAUACUUUCCCAACUGCGUUAGCACGUUAGCAUGCAUUUUAAACAUAUUUUAGAUAUUUACAUGCUCAUGUUUAGCAUGUAACAUUUAGCUGGAUAAGAUAGUCAUAUUACGAUAGCGUACGACGAAGAAUUAUUCAAGAAUGCAUUUCUUGUUUUGGUGCAGGGCUAUGGUUUCUGCACCUUUUUGCUGCUAACGUGUUCAUGCUAACAUGCAUAGUGACUAGGGCUGGGCGAUAUGGCUUAUAAAUAAUAUCGCAAUAUUUUUAGGCUAUGUCGCGAUAUAUGAUAUAUAUCUUGAUAUACACAUUUUCUCUAAAAUAAAUAUAAUUAAAUAAACAUACCGUAAAUUCUCAAAUUAUUAUGUAGCGGUGCUACGGCGUCUUCUUGUACUCCUCGCAGCAGAGUUGCUCCAGACUGGGAACAGCUAGCUAGUUAGCAGCUUCGAAUCAGGCUAAAGUCAGUUAAAACCGGAGGCCUCCCAAAUACGUUUUGGAGCUGCGGAGCUGGAACCGCGUAAUCAGCGCGAUCAGAUGAUUGAUCACGUUUUCUCUUGUGAUUAUUUUUUUUUUCUUUCUGCCUCAGCGAAACAAAUCAGUCAUAAAGUUAGCUGCUAACUAGCUAGCUGUUCGUAGUCUGGACCAACUGCUCAAAGAGCAGAAGACGGCGUAGUGACGUUACAUGAACAGAGAUCUUUUAUUUCUUUUCUGUGGCAGCAAACACAACACACAGCCUUUCACUAACUAUUAUACUGCAACCUGAGCUUAUCUACACACUUCAUGGCUGACUAAAGUAUCGUAACGUUAACUACCCCUCAGCGCCGACCAGCGGAAACACUGAAAACUCGAAUAUGAAGAUAUGGUCAUCUGCUAUAUCGCACAUUAAUUAAUAUUCGAAUAUAUAUCAAAUAUAUUUAAAAUAUUUCCCAGCCCUAAUAGUGACAUGCUAACAUUUAGCAUAUUGGCAAGUUAGCAUUCUGCGUUAGCCUCCAUCUCACAGCUGUGGCUGACAGCUGACAAUUUAAGGCAAGGCUAUUAGUUUAUUAUAUUAGAUUUUCAGGUAUCAUCGUGUAGAAAAAUGCUGCAAAUUUCAACCCGCAAUGUGCUUUAACCAGAAUCAUUAGGUUUCAUCGUCUUGGGAGCACGAAUGUAAUACAUUUCAUGGCAAUCCACUAAAUGUUGAGACACAAGGCAACAUGACUAGAUUGAGCUCGAACGUUCGACAAAAGAAAUUCUCAACCCAGGGUCCAACAGACUUGUUUUCAUUUCAUUUUACAUGUGUUGGUGUUGACGGUAACAGCUCCACCAGCGUCAGUAUCACUUGAUUUAAAUCAAUCUGUGAUGUUCAGUGUUAGUUUUGUCUGUGUACAUAUGUCAAGGGUUUAUAUAGACAAUAAGAUGGCAGUAAUGUGAUUUUAUAAAUGCCGUGAGGGAUUUUUUAAUAACAAUUUUGAAUGUGACUAUUCCCUAGUUUGUGUGCAUUUGAUUCAAGCCCUAGUCCCACCCCUUUUUUGUGUCUCUGGACACUGACUUGUUGUCAGUAGUUUGCAGUAAUGAUCAAAACCUCUUCAGCAUCAUCAGCGAUGAUACUCUCUCGCUUUGCAGUUCGCACUAGGUUAUGGAAGUUUUUAGCUCGACGACUAUUAGUAGCUUAUAGCUGAUAACCAAAUUCUUACUGGCUUGUAAAGCUGGGGGCCAUCUUGUUGAGGGGUGGGGCCAGAUAAAUGGCAGUAGUAAGCGAUUUCAUAUUUUCACAGCCUUUAUUUAUAAAAAAAAAUAUGGGAUCUUUAAUAUCUCAUCAUUUUUACCUUCGUGAGUAUUUUUGUUUUUGUCAUUUCUAAAUUUUAAACAUUUUAGUUUUCCUUUCUGGACAGAAAUGAGCUUCCAUACUAAUCUAAUCUAACUGCCAGUUUUCCAGGAGGGAAAAGCACGACGAUAACGCACAAAUUAAGUGUUACAGGGCUCGCAGUGUAUAAACUUGAGUGCGUGUGUGUGUGUUUUAAACUCAUCAGUGUGUGCAUGCAUCCGUCUGAGUAUCUUGCACACUAAUCUAGUAGAUGUUUUUCUAAAUUUCACACUCGUUACUCGCACUACUGUGUGUUGUCCGUUUGUGUUUGUUGUCCUUUUGUACGUGAAUCUCCAAUAAUGUCAAACUGUCUUAUUUGUAUUAUGGUGCUAUCUAUUGAUGAUAUAUACACAUGUGAAAAAGUUUCUAUGGAAUGAUUUUGAGAGACUGUCUGAGACCCUGGUGAGGAAGUUGUAUUUUGGACGCAGCUGUUUGCGACAAAUUUUGUAUAUGGAGAAAAUGAUUGAUGUGUGUUAAAGGUGAAAAUAUCCCAGUUUAAGGAUCCAUGUAUGCUGUGACGCGAGUUGAUGAUUUAAAUCCUUGAAUUCGGCGAUCUUCCUCGUCAGUUUGUGAUGUUUUGUAUGUCAACGAAGGGAAGGACGACUUCGUGGCUUUCGUAGGUUUUCUGUGGGUUUUAAAGUGACUUACUGAAGUCGCAGUGUUUUCUUAGACUGUGGUUUGGGACCCAAAGACAAAAAAUAAUGUUUUAAUGCGUCUGGAAGAUCAGCUGUGGUUGCUUUUCAGUUUUUUUUAGACCAAACCAAGACUGAAACCAAGACCGGAUCUGUUACUUAAUAUGUGUACAAAAUUCCAAGACUGGAACAAAAAACAAGUACAAAGAUAAUUAAGUCGAGGUUAUGAGCUUUAUGUCCUGAGAUUAGACGUCUUGGAUAAAUUUUGGGCUCAAAAUUGGAUUGGGUACAAAUGUUUGGACCAAUCUAAGACUGGAUUGGAUACAAAACUGGAUCAGGUUUGAGUUUAUUAUCUUGAGAUUAGAGGUCUUGAAUCGGCCCCAAAACAAGAUAAUGAAAUCACGAUGACAGAAAACUUUUAACUUGACAUAAUGAAAUAAUUCAUGAACCUGACAAAACUAUUAGCAACCACGUCCGCUCUCGGGUUGGGCUGCGUUUAGUAACAUUAUUUGAAUUUGAUCUUCCUUUGGUGCAGCUCUCAUUUUAAAACAGGCAAAUAAUCAAGCUUUUGUCUUGUGUUUUCUUGCUGUUACAGACGAUUGUCAUCUGUAAAUGUUUGACUUUGCAGUACUUCACAGGUAGCCUUCAAAACAUGCAAGACAGAGCCAACAAAAAACUGAAAAGAGAAUUUUCAUUAAGCUAAAGUUUGCAGAGCCAAACCCAGACUGAUUUUAUUUAUUUAUAUUUUAAAUACAUGUGCUAUUGGAUAAAAAAAGUUGAGAUUUGAAUCUAUUUGUGUCCGAUACUGUUAAUGUCCAUUUGGUCCACAUGUUUCGUGCUGUGAACACGAUGUUAACUGAGCUCUUAUCAACACAUACAAAUGUUUUAAAAAAUCUAUAUAUAGAUAUAAAUCUAUAUACUGUAAGUGUAUGACAAAAGAAAUGUACUGAUAUAGUUAUGUACUGAUCUUAACUUUCAUUAAGCUUUUUUUUAAUACAUUGUGCAAUUUUUUGGCAGCAUGAUUGUGAAGAAAUUAUUACAUUUAGAUGACUCCUUUACAUUUUUUAUGCAAUAAAAAAUUAUGG